CACUUUACCAAUUAUUUGCACGAACUAGUAUUGUCAAGUUGAGAUCGUCUAAAUGUUCUUUUGAUCGUACGUGAUUUGAUUUUUUUUUUCUUUGCUCGACAGUGAGUAGAAUGAAGAAGAAGUUACAAAUAUUCAUUUCAAGAUGGAUUCCUACGAGAAUAUUAAUAUGCUUAAUGAUGUUUACUUGCUGUUGGACCAGUUACAUGUGUCGUUUACAAAUGCCUAUCUUGGCAGUACCAAUGAUCAAGACUUUACCGACCGAAGAUGUAACCGGUGCAUGUUUCAAUGACAAUGAACGUCAACGGCGAUCUCUUUUGAUGCUCGAACCGAUUGAUUUCAUCGAAGAAUAUAUUAUGGACAGAAAAUUAAACUUUUACGAAACCAAAGAGAUUGAAGGUGAAGGUGAACGCUUUCUCCGACAAACAGAUGACCAAGCUGAACAACCAAGUCGACCUUCAAAUUUUGAACUUUUUAAUGGAUUGCCUUUUGAUUGGAGUCCUCAUAUUCGCGGACAGUUAAUAGCUGCUUACGGUUACGGAUAUCUUCCUGGAUGUUUUCUUGGCGGUCUGAUGGCCUUGAAAUGGGGUCCACGAAAGGCAAUUCUUUGGACAUCUGUAUUAGCGGCUUUUAUAAGUCUAAUCACUCCUGUACUAGCACAAAUUCAUUGGGGUGCACUCGUAUUCGCUAGAAUGAUUAUAGGAUUAACCGGAGGCGUUACUUUUCCCGCUUGUCACACUUUAGUUGCCAAAUGGGCACCUCCUGAUGAACGAGCGCGUUUUGUUUGGUCUCUUUUAGGUGGUACGUUUGGUACUGUCUUCACGUAUCCUAUGGUUGCUGCUAUAGCUGAUUAUAUAAACUGGGAAUCUGCGUGGUACAUACCAUCUUUGAUGAUGUUUUUAUGGAUAAUAUUUUGGGCAUUGUUAACUUUUGAUUCACCUAUGGAACAUCCGGGUAUAACCGAAGAGGAAAAAGAAUAUAUUUUAAAUUCUCAAGCUGGAAUAGUGAGAAUGCAAAAGCCUACGUUAAAGCAGACACCGAUCAAACAAAUAUUUACUUCGAUUCCGUUCAUCAGUCUUGUUAUCUGCCAUUUUGGCAAUCUUUUCUUACUCUUUUUUUAUCAAAAUUCGUUAAUGUUGUACAUGACGAAAGCACUAGGUUUCCAACUUACCAAAGGCGGUACUGCUGCUGGUCUUCCUUGGGCUGGUAGAAUGUUAUUUGGUUUCUUUUUUUGUUGGGCUGGCGAUAACAUUAAAAAGAAACAACUUAUGAGUGUCACUAAACUUCGAAAAUGUGCUACUAUAUUUUCUCAUCUAUUACCAGGCAUCUUUUUAAUAUUAGUUGGUUAUGCCGAAUGUUCCUUAUAUCUUGCUAACGUAUUCUUGUUCUUUGCUUUGGGUUUCAACGGAGCGGCGAGUAUAGCGAAUCUCUCGAACAAUCAAGAUAUCUCUCCAAACUUUGCAGGUUUUUUAUACGGAAUUAUGAAUACUGUUGGGAGUAUAUCUAGUGUGAUAAUACCGACGAUGGUGGAAGAAAUUGCAGGCAAAUAUGGGAAUCCAAUCCAUAAAUGGCGAAUACUAUUUUGGAUUGGUGCUGGUGUGUGCAUUCUGAGUAUGGUUAUUUUUAUUAUUGGUGGAAGUGGAGAAAUACAAAAAUGGAAUGAAAUUAAAGAUCAACCAGAUGCAGAGAGGGGAAAGGCAGAAGCUGGAACGACAUAGGCAUUGCUUUCCUAUA